ACUUUAAAAUCGUAUUUGAUUAUGUUAUUUGUUUGGUAUUUUGGAUUGGAAAAAGUAAUGGAGAAUCGAAAUUUUUUUGAGAAUAUUGGAGUAGAAUGACAUUAUCCCUAAUCAAGGAAUAACUUUUAGUCAAAUUCUUGUUAAACAUUGGGAAGAAAGAUGUGGCCAAUGUUUGUUGAUUAUUCUGAUGAAGAAUGUAAAAAGAUUUUACGUAGCUUGGAAUUGGAAGCAUAUGCUUCAAUUGUUACUGCAUUUCGAGCUCAAGGUAAUUUAACAAGAGAUAGAAAGAAGAUGUUGCUAGAUUUGUGCUCAGCUUUGAGCAUAUCCAUGGAGCGACAUAGGGCUGAAAUAAGGCGUGCUGUAAAUGAUGAACAUUUAAACACAAUUGCAGAAAGACUUUUUGGUCCUAAUACGGCAACUGAAUGGGCAAUUGAAGGACGACGAGUUGUGCCUUUAGUGAAUCGUCUAGCACCACAAACUGUUUUCACUGAAAUAGCUAGCAGUGCUGCUGCUGCUCAAGCCGUUAAAAAUUCAUCUCUGCCUCUGCCUGGUAAAACAGGAAGCAGAGAAAUGAUCAAUGGGAUGGAAACCAUGGCCAGUCGUAAAAGAAAAGAGUAUCCACCUGAUUCAUCUGUAUCCCCUCAAAAAAUGUCUGCCUUGGAUAGUCAGUAUUUUCAUAAUUUUCAUUCAUUUGAAAGUUCAAGUUCGGGGAUUUCUGAACCUAUGCAAUUAUCUGAAGUUUCUAUGAGUUCGGAAAGUUUUCCUGUUCCUGAAAGUGCUCCCCAGACUUCAUCAUUUCCAGAUUUUAAUGCACAACGGAAUGUACCACCUCUUACAACACAUCCCAUGCCAACAGUAUCUACUGCUAAAUCUCCAUCAAAGCAUUCAAAUACAAAAUCAUCAUCAACAGUCACCACAUUCUCAAGUCCUGAUCAAAUGACUUCUAAUCUUUUGACCAGCAAAAAUGUACCACAAACAUCUGCUCCUUCAGUUGCUCAUGAGGAACAAUUGUUAGUUUCCCCAGAAGUUUCUAAAUCUCCCAAUGAUGGAAAAAAUGCUCAGAGACCGUUAUCAUCAAUAAGUUCAAUGAAAUCAUCAACCAUUGUUAUACCCACUACUGUACCAUCUACAUGUUCUGCAUCAUCAUCAUCUAAAGAUCGUCUAUCAGCAUCUUCAUCUUCACAUAGUAAAUUUUUGUCUCAAAUCAGAUCUAAACCUCCAGGUCAUACAAGACAAAAUUUACCUGCUGGCUUGGGUAUUAAACUAACUUCUCAACCACCAAUGAGUCAAAGAGCGACUGUAUCUCCAAAAUCUCCUAGUAUGAAAGUGAAACAAGAUAAUGCAAAUAUAUUUUCUAAAAAAACUUCAGCAAGUGUUUUUCCCUCAUCUACAACUGAUAAUCAACCACCUCAGCUUCCAAUAACAACCACUAGUGAAUCAUUAACUAUAGCAAAAUCUCCUGUAUCUGUUCCAAAACCAUCUCCAAAAUCUGAUUCACAAACUGUAAUAAAUCAGCAAUCUACUUCAAAACAAACUACAACUGCAAAAAAUUUGCCAAAAACAACAGCUAUAGCCACCACCACCACUUCCACAUCAACUGUAACUACCACAUCUCAUAGCUCUCAGUAUAUUUCACGGCCAUUAUUUCCCACAUCUACCAAGAGUGGUGCUAAAAAUUUACAACCGGUGAUAUUUAACGUUUCAUCAACUACUUGUACUCCACUUCAAAAUACUGUUAAGCAAGCAGGACAGAUCCAAAGUGAAGUUAUUAAAUCUUCGCCUCAAAUACUUCCAAAAACAACUCCUGUUGGUUUAAGUUCAAGUCACCUAAAAUUAGGCACCUCAACAACUCAAACUAUACAAUACAGGAAUGAUGGAGGUCUUGUCAGAAGUGCUCGUAUAGUGAAUCUCUCCCAACCAGUUGGAUCUCGUCUACCAUGUGCCAUUUCAUCUUCUGCCAUCUCAGCUCUUGGUCUAUCAUCUAAUAUUUCAUCAACAGCUCUUCGGGUCACCCUCCCAGCUGGUACUUUGAAUACUACUAACUCAAUAAGAGUAUCAUCAGCAGCUAAGCCAAAUGUAAUUGUUGUUCACAAGGCACAAAUGUGGCCACGGCCACCUCAGGGAGCAGCAGUUAUUAUGAGUUCAGGUCCAUUGACUAAGUUACCCACGGAAAUUGUGCAGGAAACAAUUGCUAUUACACCAAAAUCUGAUAAAAAUAAGUCCUCAGGAAUAAAAACUAUUCCAAGAGCUAUUGCACCUGCUAGGCCUCAGUCUCCAGCUGUUGCAAUUACUUCUCUCAAGGCAUCUGAAUCAACUCCUGUUUCCAAUUCCAGUACUGUUAUAACUUCAUUACCAGAUAGUUCUACAUCUGAUGUUCGAAAUUCCAAACCUGCUGAAAAUAUCAAUGAUGGACAAUGUAGAAAGAAUUUAUUAGCUGAAGUUAUUGAAGUGUCUGGUAUUCUUGAAAGUAAUCCUGCUGAUAAGAAUUCUAAAGAAAAAAGUGAAGUUGUAAAAAAUAACAAGGAAGCGAGUAAUCUAAGCAAUCAUCAGGAACCUGAGAUAACUGUUUGUCAAAAAAAUGCUGGAACUUCUGCAAAUGAUACCAAUAGCACUAGAUUGACUGAAUCUAAUACACCUAAAACAGAUACUACUAGCAAUAAAGCUGGAGAUUCUGCCUUAUCAGUAUCACAAAGUGAUAUAAAUGGAAAAGAGACUUCUAAACAAACUUCAUUACCAACAGAGGUUCAAUCUAAAGAAACUGGGUCUACAGUGAUUUCAUCAACUCAUUCUGUAAAUGAAACUGUAACAAGUAGUAAUGAAUGUGGUUCAAAACCUCAGAAAGAAACAACAAAAGAUAAAGAUUUAUAAGACUUUCCUUUUACUUGUUUUGUACAGACACAAGAAAGUCUUUUUAAAUGACGGUGAAUAAAUUAUGAGACCUGCAAGUCUUUUUUUACUGUUUGAUUUUAAUGUUGUAACCUUGUUUUUGAUUUCCAAACUCAAACUGUUUUUAAUUUUAUAUUGCUAUGUAAAUAGUAUUGUUAUUAGGAAUAAAAAGUAAGUUUAUGUGCUUUAUUAA